AGAGAAGACUGACAGACGAGCACAGGGCGACAUAAGACUGAUGCAAAUCAAGACCAAGUGAAUGGACAUCUGUGGAGAGAGAGCGAAAGAAGGAGAGAAUGAGAAAGUGAAAGGAGAAGGGAGAGAGUGGAGGAGAGGAGCUGCAUGGUCCCGAUCCUGAGUCCGGCUCCGUGUUUUGCGGCGCGCUCCGAGCCUGUGGAACAUGCAGAGAGCGUCUUGGUCCUCCUCUCUGCUGCAGUGGAGGAAUAAACGCGCAGCUUAAACCCGUCCCUCUGCUCUACCCUCCACUCCUCCGCUUCAGGGCCACGCUCGCAGUCAGAGAGAGAGUGAGAGACGGGGUGGGGGGGGGGAUACGAAAAAAGAAAGCAGAAAAAUACAGAAGAGACAUUUUUCCCAAGCUGACUGGAUCUGGCCCAUUUGUGCACCUGUUUUUUCCCCUCUCUCUCUCUCUCUCUCUCUCUCUCUCUCUCUCUCUCUCUCUCUCAUGACUGUCCUCUGCUUCCCUGGCAUGUUGUGAAGAGGCAUGCGUGUGCGCUGAUGACUCCCACACAGAGACGGAUUCUCAGGUGCCCUCAUUAACUUUGACUGUGAGGCCCAUGAGGACAUUGAGUGCACCAGCAACAUCCUUGACCUCAGGCCUGUAGGCUGUGGCUCUCGCCGCGUGUCCUCUGGCCCGUGUCCAUUCCCACCUGUGUGCGCACACGCCGUCCACGCUGCAGCCAUGUGGAACUAUGACCACCAGUUAACCCCUUGGUCACCUUCCCGACACUUCAAUGAGGACAGACGUGUCCCUCAAACCAGGAACAUGAAGGGCUUAUCCAGCAGCCGUGCCCAGCAUCAGAUCCCCUCGCCUCAUCCCUGUGGCCUGGUGGAGUGUGACCACCCCCACGACUUGCACGGCAUGCAUGUGUCUGACCCCCGCUACUCCUACCUGCUCAGCCCCACGGAGAGCUGCGCCAUGGACUACCAACACCGCUACUCGCCCCGCAGCUCCAUUCACUCCGACUGCAUGACGAUGUCCCCGGUGAUGCUGCCCCCCGCUGCCGCAGCUGACCACAUCUCCAGCAGCACCUUUCCAAGAAUGCACUACAGCACCCAGUACUACGACUCGGCCACGCGAGACGACUGUGCCACCAUCACCACCUCCGCCACUUCAGCCGCCGCCAUCGCCGCCGCAUCCUCCGCCUCUCAUCAUGCCGGCAGCAAGAGCAACCGCAUCCCAGCCAACCUCCUGGAUCAGUUUGAGAAGCAGCUGCCUUUGCACCGAGACGGCUUCCACACGUUGCAGUACCAGCGCACCUCCACCACGGCUACCAGCGAGCAGCGCAGCGAGAGCCCCGGGCGAAUACGCCACCUGGUGCACUCUGUGCAGAAGCUCUUCACCAAGUCCCACUCGCUCGAGGGCUCCUCCAAGAUGAACGGCACCAAGGGGGACAGUGGGGGCCACCACCACCACCACGGCAGCCACCACUCCAAGCACGGUAGCAAACGCAGCAAGAGCAAGGAACGUAAGCACCGCUCAGGCGGCUGGUGGAGCUCUGACGAUAACCUGGACAGUGACAGCACCUACCGCACGCCCAGCGUCAUGAGCCGGCACCAUGUGGAGCACGCAGGCCACUGCUUCCCAGACUCAGUGCACACUCAUUUUGGUGACCUCUCGCUUAAAACCUCCAAGAGCAACAAUGACGUCAAGUGCUCAGCCUGUGAGAACCUGCCAAUGGCACCUGAGGGAAAGUUUAUGAAGAGGAGCUCCUGGUCCACACUCACUGUCAGUCAGGCCAAAGAGGCGUACCGCAAGUCCUCGCUCAACCUGGACAAGCAAACAGUCCAUCACGACCUAAAGCCUUCUCUACGCACCAGUCAUUAUCUGCAGGUUCCUCAGGACGAGUGGGGAGGUUAUCCAGGGAUUGAUAAAGAUGAGGAGAUUCCGUGUCGCCGGAUGCGCAGCAGCAGCUACGUGAAAGCCAUGGGAGACGACGAGAGCGGCGACUCUGACACCAGCCCCAAAACAUCGCCUCAAAAGUCUGUCCGGCCAGACGCCCUAGUUCUCAAACCCAUCAUGCAGAGGCCUCAUAUAGACAGCCAAAGCCAAGGCUACCACUUGCAAACGAUGAGAGAUAUGCGUCCACACCCCAGUGUAUCCCUGGACCCAUCGACCACUUACAAUCCUCCCCAGUUCCGCUCCCGCAACCAGAGCUACAUGCGUGCGGUCAGCAACCUCAGUCAGGCAAGCUGCGUGAGCCAGGUGAGUGAGACUGAGGUCAAUGGCCAGUUUGAGUCAGUUUGCGAGUCCGUUUUUAGUGAAGCAGAAUCCCAGGCCAUGGAGGCCUUGGACCUGCCUGGCUCUUUCCGCACUCGAAGCCACAGUUACCUGCGUGCAAUUCAGGCUGGGUAUUCCCAAGACGAUGACUGCUUGCCUUCAAUGACAUCCUCCACUGUCACUUCAACUCUCAGAUCCACAACAGGGAUCCAGUUUCGUCUCCCAACUGCGUGCAAUGUUGAACGAACGCAGGAACCAACCCCAGAAGCAACGGUGACAUACACGCCUGACUAUAAGAAGACGCCUCCCCCUGUGCCACCCCGCAGUACCACCAAGCCCAUCAUCUCAGUAACGGCUCAGAGCAGCACGGAGUCCACGCAGGAUGCUUAUCAUGAGGGACGCCUGCCCCGCGGCGGCCUUUGGACCACGGACAGCCUGGGCAGGGCCAUCUUCACAUCCACCGACAGCCUGGACAGCGCCAAGGCCGUCACACUGGCCAUGGAGACCAAGCGGCUCACGGGCAGCCACACCUCGGUGCAGACCUGUGACAAGGCCAUCCUGGUGUCCAAAGCGGAGGAAUACCUCAAGACCCCGCGCUCCUCCAUUGGAAUUCAGGUGGAAGCAGCCACAGACUCAGAGCCAGAGAGCAGAGGUCUGCCGCAGUAUCAGUCGGUGGGGAUCCAAGUAGAAGACGAGAAACGGCAUGGCCGCUUCAAGCGCUCCAACAGUGUGACGACAGCAGUGCAGGCAGACAUGGAGUUGGAGGGCUUCCCUUCGAUGGAGGAUAAAAGUCUGCAGUUUGGGGGUUUCCAGCGGCACUCUGAGCCCAGCACCCCCACGCAGUAUGGCGCUGUCCGCACCGUGCGCACGCAGGGUCUCUUCAGCUACCGCGAGGACUACCGGCCCAGUGGGCCACCCAGCCCUCAGCCUGAACCCUGGCUGGUGGAGCCCUCACUGGAGGAGGCCGAGACGGGCCGCGUGUCACCGCUGCGCCGUGACGGCAGCUGGUACAUGCAGCUUCUCCACAACGAGACCAAACGCAUGGAGGGCUGGUGCAAGGAGAUGGAGCGCGAGGCUGAGGAGCACGACCUGUCUGAGGAGAUUUUAGGAAAGAUCCGGAGUGCUGUGGGCAGUGCACAACUUCUCAUGUCCCAGAAAUUCCAGCAGUUCUAUUGGCUGUGUCAGCAAAAUCUGGACCCUAGUGCUAUGCCCAGGCCCACCUCUCAGGACCUAGCUGGAUUCUGGGACCUUCUACAGCUUUCCAUCGAUGACGUCACUGCCAAGUUCGAUGAGCUGCAGCAGAUUAAGAGCAACGAUUGGAGGCUGGUGGAGCGUCCAGAGGAGAAGGAGAGGAAGUGGCCUCCUCCCAUGCCAAAGAGGCCCCCUAAAGGUCGUGGGGCGAUGAUGCGCGAGCGCUCUCUGGACCUGCAGGACCGGCAGAGGCAGGAGGCCCGCCGCAGGCUGAUGGCCGCCAAGCGGGCUGCAUCCUUCCGCCAGAGCUCAGCCACGGAGCGUGCAGACAGUAUAGAGAUCUACAUCCCCGAGGCCCAGACACGACUAUGAAACCCACACUCGUCCAUCCAGCCGCGCCAUCCUCUCACCUGUGUGUGCUGCUACUACAGAAACCAUUCACACAGUCCUGCCCGCUCUGUUCACUCAUCUUUAAACGCUUUCUUCUGCUCUCUCAAUGCGCAUACGGCUAGCAACCCCUCAUUGCGACCUCCGCCGCGGCCUCGAAGGCGGCCCCCUCCUUGAUUGAGAUUUUGUUGACCUUCGUGGAGGAAAAAAGACAGAUGGAAGUGGGCCAUAGUGGACUGUGCAUGACGUGACUAGAACACAUUCAGGGUGAGUCACAAAGAGCAGCUAUUUAGCUCAUCUGCAGUAUGUGGCCACAGAUAAAGCUUCUCUCGGGAGGUAACCUCUACCGUCUCGGAGGUCGUACCUGCACUGGCGAAAUCCUAACAAGGCACCCGGUUGAAAACGGAAAUGACAUUUGAGUUGAGUUUAGUGAGGUAAACCUUUACACGAAUCGUCUCAAUUUGAAAAGAUACACGAUCCUUUUACAAACCCUAGACUCUACCUGCUAGAUAGAAAAGAGAAUAUAUUGAUAUUUUAUAUUAUAUUAUAUUAUACAAUGCAUUUUUGCACCUCAAAUGAUUCCUGUUUGUAUUUCCAAGGGAAAUGUUGAUGUUGACACACACAUGAUAAUGUUGCAGUUGAAUUGCAAAGAGCGCUACUGAGAUUGCUUCUAAAGCCCACACCGGUUUACCCCCCCACCCCAUUUCGAAAAGGAGCCUCUUAUAGUCACGCCGAACCAACUUCAUACUCGUCGACUCAUUCAGCGACAAAACCAGAAGAGAUAUUUUUGUUUUGUUUUAGCUUACAUCGUAUACAAUGCUAAUCAGCGUUUGGCACACCAAUCUUCCUCAAGGUCUUACCACUUCUAAUGUAGUCUGGGACAUGCAGGUGCAAAAGACACUUUAAUAGUAUUCAAUUACUGUAUAUGGUGCUGCUUUAUACUCUUAAAUAAAGUCCCUCACCCAGCCCUUAUGUGCACAACACCAUAAUCCAUCUAUGGGGUUUUUAAUAGAGAUGUUCGUUAACAUGCAUCUCUAAUUACGGGCUUUGGCUUGUAGGAGGGAGAGGUCUUUGUUUAAAAAUGGAAAAAUGAGUCUUUUGUAUAUCAUACUUUUAUUCUGGUGCAAAGUGAGUUCAACCACGUGAAACUAUGUGCCAAGCCCCCCGUCGCCUUUAAGAAAAAGAAAUCAAAGGAAAGAAACGUGUGCAUAAAAGACUGAAUGAACAUGACUUAACGAUAUCUAGAUGUGACUGAACACAGAACAGUAUAUCCUGAUGUUCUUCAAUGCUGUUGCCCGGUUCACACGCACACAAGGAUGAAGAUGGAAACAAAUGGCUGUUUUUUGGGUUUUUUUGGGUUUUUUUUUAUUUGCAGUUUCUCGGUUCAAGCUGUCGUUCACCAGGCACCUGUUUUGACCCUCGUCUGUUUUAAAGAGCAAUGAAGUUCAUGUCCCUCACAGUUUUUUUUUUUUUUUAACAAAACAUGGAACAUUUAAUUUAAUGUUAAUUUAACUGAUUUAGUCAAACAUUUUUUCCAUGUUGUGACAGCUGUGCUGUGACCAAAACUAGUGCAUCUGGUAAAAGACAGCAUGACACUGAUAAGGAAAAAAAAGAUUUUAUUCUCUAGGUGCAAAGAAACAAUGCAAUCUAAACACAAAGACUCCAUUUACAAUAUAAUAGAGAUAUUUAUGGUAUUUGUUAUGGCUUUUUAGGAACCUUGUCUGAUUUACUUUAAAUUUGCUCUCAUGCUGUUUUCAGAUUUGGGCCAAAUUCUUUUCGAUGCUAUAGUUUCAACUACAUGUAAAAUCGGUUCGUUUGUUGUUUUUAGAGUUUUAUAUUAGUAGAUGCAGAAUACAGGGUAGAAAUCUCGCUAGAAUGAAUAUUCACCCCAUUUUUCUUUUCUUUCACAUAGUCAGUGGAGGAGGUUAAGCCUUGAGCUUAUCCGACUCCCCAAAGCCCAUCUUUCAUGAAAUUCCCAUUUUAAAGUCCUACAUUAACUGCUAUAAUGCCAAGUUAUCAUCUUUUCAGUGACUAUGUUCCAUGUGAAGUACCUUGCCCCUAAUACACACUGAUAUGGCUGAGCUGUCUGUUUGUAGUCCCUCAGUAUUAAACUGCAUACAAUAAAUAGUGUCCAGUUUAUCUCAGCAGCUGCUUACAUACAUACACAAUAGCAGCGCCCGUGAGAACCAAACUGGCACUCCUUAACCUGGCAGCCUUAAAGUCAUCUUUAGCAAAAACGUGUGAAUGUACUGCCUCUGCUGCAAAAAAAUCAAGUUUUAUUGUUCUCUUCUACUAGUAACAUCUAGAAAACAAACAACAACACAGUUCUGCUGCUGCUAUGGAAAGCUUGUACCUGAAACAUCCACUCAAAUAUCAGAUAACUAUCAGCAGUUUGGUUGAUGCAUAAUAUGCACUGCUCAGUUGUGCAAAUACUGUUUUCUAUGUAUUGUUUUUCCUUUUGCCGCGAUUCUACAAAGGCCUUUAGUUUAACAACAGUGAAACAAUCUUUGCGAAGAAAUUUUCUCUUCAUAAGAAAUCCUCUCUCUGCACACUAGAGGGGUUUAUGUUACACUUAUGCGGUGUAAUUCAUCAAAAUGUGACACGAUUUCUCUUUUUAUUUUUUCGCUCUGGACUCUGUAUUUGCAAUGAAACAGUGGCUCGGGGGUUAAAGUGUAGAAUAUCAGCUUUAAUUGUAGGGUGUUUGUGUCUGCAGUGGGUGAACUAUACAGGAUUCAUACUACUCUACCUACUAUUCAUGCUAUACAUAUUGCAUACAUGGUGCCUCUUAAAAGUAAGUGUUAAUGACCGUAAAGCAGGUCAUCACACAGCUGAAAAAUUGGAGUAAAUUCACAGUAACGUUUAAUGUAACUGGGAUGUUCUCCCAUUGUAGGUAUAGAUAGCUUUAAGGCUGAUAUUCUACACUUCAAAUCCUUUUAUGUUCAUUUCAAAACCAGUGUGGUGUUUUUCAGUCCAGAGCCCAAACAACACAAAUUAGGUUACUGUCUAGUUUACGCCCUGCGAUGGACUGGCGACCCGUCCAGGGUGUAUCCUGCCUUCCGCGCAGUGACAGCUGGGCUAGGCUCCAGCACCCCCCAUGACCCAGAAGGAGAAGCGGCUUAGAAGGUGUGUGUGUGUGUGUGCGUGUGUGUGUGUGUGUGUGUGUGUGUGUGUGUGUGUGUGUAGUUUACAGACUGAACUGCAUAUGUGAGGUGAGUGUUGUCAAAGUGAAAAGGUUGUAAUGUGUGUGUGUGUG